AUGGCUCUGCUAAGUAAGCUAAAAGGCGUUUAUUUGGCCUUUGCUGUAGCUGGUGCUUUUCCCUUCACUUCCAUGACAAGCGCAAUGGAGCCUUCAAGGAUCACCGCGGAGCGCCUGUAUGGCGAAAUCGCAGGCGCUAGGAUUGCGGCCAAGCCAAACUUCGUGUUUUCCCCUUUUAGCAUUUUUAGCGUUUUUCAUGCGGCACAAAAGGGAGCAGCGGGACAAACUAAGGCACAGAUGGACGCACUGGUCGGUCCCAAUGAAAGCUUUGAAAUUCCCGAACUGAUACAGCCACCACGGAAAGACGGCGCGGUAACUAUCGAUGUGGCCAACCGGCUCUACGUGCAUCCUGGCCUGGAAAAUAAUAAGCAGUUCAACAAGUUUAAGAAGCAACUUGAGGGUGAAAAACACGAGGCCGAGACCAUUGAUUUUUCGGACGGGGCGGCUGCUGCUGAGAAAAUCAAUGCUUUUGUUGCCGCCACCACACGCGAACAUAUCAAGAACCUUGUGAGUCCAUCAGCCCUUGGAGCACAGACGCGCCUGGUCUUGGUCAACGCUUUGUACUUCAAAGCGCCUUGGCUCACCCAGUUCAGUGAUGUUGCUACCUCACAAGGCGUCUUCUUUACACCUGCUGGACCGAAGCAGGUUAUGUUCAUGAGGGGGAAGAUGGAUAAGGCCCCCCUUUUGGUCACUAUGAAGAAGGAAUUCCUUGCUGUUGGCCUACCAUACUCGGACGCCCGCCUUCGUCUGUACUUGUUCAUGCCAGACGACUUGGCAAGCUUCGAGAAGGCCAUGGUCGACGACCCUCAGCUAAUUGAGACCGCGAUAUCUGACAUGGAGUCCAGCGCCAACGACAGGAGUUUCGAAGAAGAAGUGCACCUCACUGUGCCCAAGUUCAAGCUGUCCGCAGACGACAACAAAGUCGAUCUCACUGAGAUCUUUGGAAACAUGGGAGCCACGGACAUGUUCAGAGUGGACAAGGCAGACUUCUCUGGAAUGACGGGAGACCGUGACCUGUUUGUUUCUUCUUUUGUUCACCAGGCAGACAUCGACGUCAACGAAGAAGGGACAGAGGCAACAGCUGCGUCUGCAAUGAUCAUGAUGCUUCGCGCGAUGCCAAUGCCCAAGACACCUAUAAAAGUUAUCAUUGACAAGCCUUUUGUCUUCCAGCUGCGCUUCGUAGAUGGUGAAACCAACUUAACCCUCUUUAGUGGCCGCGUGGCAGACCCGGCAGCAGCACAGCAGUAA